AUGAUUUUGGCAUCAAAUUUUGUUCAAUCUGAUUUUAAUCAAAUAGGCAGUGCUGUUAUUAUUAAUGAUAAGAAAAAUCAUAUAAGUUACUUAUUAACAGCAUAGACUUUCCUUGUAUCUAAUGAAAAAGGCUCAUAAAUCUUGGUUGGACAAAAUUAAAUAAAAGCUUAUCUUUUAGAGAACUUUUAAAAAUUUCUAAAUUUUACUUUAGCCAAAUGCGAAGAAUAUUUAUAAAGUAGUUUAAACAUAGAAGAUUUCAUAUAUUAUAAGGAAUUAGAAGUUGGAUAAUCUGUUUAUAUGAUUUGUUAUUAAGAAGGAUUAUUUCAAAAUAAGCCAUUCAUUUCAAAAGGACGAAUUUUGAAAUUACAUAAGAACGAUUAAAAUGACAAUUUUACAAUAAUAACUGAUUGCUACAUCAAAAAUAGUUUGAAUGGAGGAGGACUCUUUUCAGAGUAAGGAAAACUUAUAGGAAUAUUAUAAAAUAUUGUCAAUUAUGUUAGUGAAGGAGUCUUUUGUGAGUUAUCUAUUUUCACUCCAAUUUUAUUAUUUGAUUAAUUAUUCAAAGAUUUAUCUAAUUAAAAGUAAUAAUAUUUAAUAAAUAGAUAAUUAACAGAGAAAUCAAUAGAAAAAUUUGGAUUAAUUUAAAAAUUGAACAAACUUCCUCCUUAUGUAUAAAGUUAACUUGGUUAACAGAACCCUAAAUUAUGA